CAACGAAGCAUCCGCAUUCCAUAGCGCUAGCGAAGGGAUAAGUAGUUUCAACUUACUACCAUUAAUGCUUGAAUCUGCUUUCUUCCAAUUCAACCAUGGCUGACUCCAACCAUGACAUAAGCGGUAAGAAGUGGGAGAAAGGAGUUCUAAAAAUACUCUGGCUGCACUAUGGAGGUCAAGCAAGGAUUCACUGAGUCGGGAAAGAUCUGCCGGGGGAUAGGGCCGCACUCUUUAUUAGGCAAAAGAUGAUGAUGCGAUGUGGACCUAGAUAUUCUUUGCUUUCAGUUUUAUUCAUUUUGAGGAAGAUUUCUGGUUUUUUCUGAGUUUGUUUCAUGCUUACAGAGGAAGCUUCCAAGAAAAUUCAUUUAGAGAAGGCUCAAGGUUUAUAUGUUUUUUCUGUUUUUAUGGUUUGUGUAUGUGAUCCUGAUAGGUCUUCGAUGUUUUAUUCAACUGUUGCUUUAGGCAAGCUCGUUCUUGCAGACAAAGCAAUUGAUCUGCAAGACAAAGCAAAGAUUUGAAAAGGUUGGCUGCUUUUAGCGCUCAGGAUAAGAGUUGACUGCACUUAGAACUUGUAAGGUGGUUUAGGGCUUUACUGGUUUUAAUAAUUGUAAACGAAUUGCUGAUGUUGUGUCGUUUGAUUUCUUGAGCACUCCCAUAUUCGCCUUUUUUUUUUUCCUGAUAACUACUAGAUAUAAAUGAUCUUUCAAAAAUCAUGGCAGGCCUACCAGAUUUUCAUUAUUGUAGAAAUCCGAAAUUGGAUAGAGUUGGGGAGGCUGCCGUUCAGUGAAUCAGAUUAUUCGUCACCAGCCAUCUGUUACGAAUAGGCAGAAAGCAAUAUUGCAUCGUUUUUUAAUAUAUAAAAAUAUUUAUUUAAAAUAUUUAAAAUUAUGAGUAAUAUAUGGCACAUGACACUCUUUGCCUCGGUGUAUAAAGUGAAUUAAUCUGUCACCGAUACAAUUUAAAUCGUCUGGUUUAGCCGAUUUCUGAGUUCCGAGCAGGUCACGUUUAAUCUAAUCUAGUCACUCUUCGUAUUCGAGCUCAUCCCAGAUCAAUGCAGAAAUGGUUCCUUCAAAACUAUUUCAGAUGAUGAUUUUAGUUGGGAUUUGAUUUGUAAAUCUUGUGACCGAAUUCCAGGUGCUCCCAUGUUUGAUCUUGCCAGUAGGAACAGGCUCGGAUGCAAAGAAUUCAUGUUUUACAAAAAGGGACAUAACUCCAAAAAUGGUCGUUGAAACGAUUUUCAAACAAGUCAAUGUUUUGUUGAAAUUGAAAAAGAAGAAGGAAACAUGGUUGCUGCCACUGACGAGAGUGACUUUAUCUCGCAAAAGAAAGCACUUCUGAUGAGGCUUCCCGUCCUAGCAUGCAGAGUAGGUGGUGGACAGAAGUUCGUUUUCCAGCAUAUCCUAAGGGGAGAGAGAUGAUGGGAAGAUGGUGUCGCGGUCUUCCGCUUCUCUCCGGCGUCUUAUUGCGAAUUUUCAGCCUAAAUGCAAAAUAUACACCUGCCCACAGUCAAAUUCUGAUAUACAGAGGCAAUCGGUUGCUUGGAACAAAAGAAUUGCCUCCUACGUGAACGCCGGCCAUCAUUUUGACGUGUUGUUGCUCUUUGCUCGCAUCCAAGUCUCUGGUGUGCCUCCUAACCCUUUCACUUUCUCCAGCGUCCUUCAUGCCUGUUCAGUAUUGGGUAAUAUCUGUUUUGGCAUCCAGAUUCAUCCCACCAUUGUUAAGCUUGGUUUUGAUUCAGAUGUCUUUUGUGGGAGUGCCCUCGUCUCCAUGUACUGUAAAUGUUGCAGAGUAGACGACGGUCACCAAGUAUUUGCUGAAAUGCCUGAACGAAACACUGUGACCUGGAACUCGCUUAUUUCGGGUUACGCGCAAAUUCCCGAAUUUUCUCAUGUGGCCGUCUCUUUGUUCCUCCAAAUGCUGGAGUCAGGAGUUGUUGCUAGCUCAUUCACCUUAACGAGUGUUCUUGUGGCGUGCUCGAGAACGGAGGCACGUGAACUGGGUAGGCUGAUUCAUGGAUAUUGUUUGAAACUUGGGGUUCUCGAUAAUGUUGUUAUGGGAACGGCCCUUGUUGAUAUGUACGUGAAAUGUUCUAGUUUGGUGGACGCUCGGCGGGUGGUUGAUGAGAUGCCUGAGAAGAAUGUGGUUACCUGGACCAGUUUAGUCACUGGCUAUGCACAAAACGGACUGUCAGAGGAAGUUCUUAUGACCAUCAGAGAAAUGCUGCGAGUGGGGGUAAGGCCAAAUCAACUGACAUAUAGUAGCGCUUUGAGCUCCUACGCAAGUGCAGGUGGCUUGCCUUAUGGUAGACAAGUACAUUGCCAGGUGAUCCGAGCAGGUAUUGAAUCUGCAGCAUAUAUAACAGCAACUCUUCUAACAAUGUAUUCAAAAUGUGGUAGCUCAGAGGAUUUCUGGAAGUUGUGCUCUGGAAUUUUAGUACGUGACCGGGUUACAUGGAAUUCAGUAAUUGCAGGGAAUGCUUGUCUUGGGGAUGACAAAGAGGUCCUCAAAAACUUCUCAAUAAUGAUGAAGGAAUCUGUACGCCCAGAUUUUUUUACGUUCGCAAGUGUCCUACGAGCAGUAGGGAACUCUGCAGCCCUUGAACAAGGUAAACAAACUCAUGUCGUGGUCUUCAAAACUGGGUAUGCAUCAAACUUGUAUGUCCAGAAUGGUCUAGUGUCUAUGUAUGGAAAAUGUGGCUUACUAGAAGACUCAGAAAGGGUCUUCUACAUGAUGCGGGAAACUGAUCUAAUUUCAUGGAAUUCAUUAAUGGCUGGAUACGCCCAACAUGGACAUGGUAGGAAGGCUGUUGAGUUGUUUGAGCAAAUGAGACAUCUAGGCAUCCGACGAGAUGAUACCACCUUCCUCUGUGUGCUAUCUGCCUGUAGCCAUUCAGGCUUACAUGACAAAGGACUGGAGUGUUUUGAUCUGAUGAGCACUGAACAAGUAGUUCCAAAGGCAGAGCAUUAUUCUUGUGUGGUUGAUCUUCUUGGCCGAGCUGGUUAUCUUGAUGAAGCAGAAUCUUUCAUCAACAGCAUGCCAGUAAAGCCUGGACUUUCAAUGUUUCGAUCAUUGAUCAGUGCUUGUCAAGCAUAUGGAUACAAGAGCAUGGCAAUUCGUGUGGCUAAGCAUUUUCUCGAGUUGUACCCUGCAGAUGCUUCCACCUACGUCUUGCUGUCUAACAUGUUUGCAGGAGAGGGUAGCUGGGGUACUGCAGCUGUUGUGAGGAAGCUUAUGAGUGAUAGAGGUCUGAUAAAGAAGCCUGGCAACAGUUGGAUCGAUGCUGGCAAGUAGAUUUAAAAGUGUGGUUCUGAACCAUCUGUUUUGGCUAAAAGUACAAGUUCAGUUAUAGAAAAAAUGGGGAUACCAGAACCCAAUGUUGACCCGAACUGCCAAUUUUUGGACGUAUUGGAUAUGUCGAUCUGAGAAAACCUCUCUUGGUUCCUUGUACAUGGUAAAAUGCACGGCAAUUUUGAAA